AUGGCGACGACGUGGACGACGGCGCGCGACGGCGCGGGAAGGGGGCGGGGCGCGGCGCGGGCGUCGACGCGACGCGCGCUCGACGACGCGCGAGCGACGCGAGGCAUCGCGACGCGCGCGGUGAGGUCGGGAGGGACGGGAGAGGUGGGCGAGGCGUCGCGCGCGGCGGUGGAGGGGUCGGCGGUGGAGACGGUGGAGACGGUGGAGGCGGAUUUGGAUUUGGGGUCGGCGGCGGCGAACGCGACGACGGCGACGCGCGCGGAGGCGUCCGCGGAUCUCGCGCGGGGCGCGGUGAGUGGCGCGUGGCGAAGCGAUGUCGUGCCCGAGGUGGCGUACGUCGUGACGUGGUGCUGCGGGAACUCGGUGGCGCACUUGACGAAACGAUUCGACGGUUUGGCGGCGACGACGCUCGGAUUGGUCUUCGCGGCGAAGACGCCGGAGAGCGCGUGCGACGCGCUCACCGACGAUUUGAGGGCGAUGACGUGGAUGUGCGCGGAGAUGCCGAAUUCACAAGCGCGCGAAGUGGACGCGAUGGCGUGGUUUUUGCGCGAAACGUACGUCGGCGACGCGCCGAAGAUUUUCAUCUUCGCGCACGACGACAGGCCGUUUUGGCCUAGUCUGCGCGCGUUCGUCGAGGAGUUGCGAACGGGAGAGCGAGACGGGACGGUUACGCGCGUGGUCGACGCGCGCGCGCGGAAGAUGGAGAAAGAGUUUUCGGUCGCUCGCGACGGAAAAGCGCCGACAGACUUCGACGGCGACACGUUCAUCGCGUACAGCGUGGCGCGAGAGCCUUUAGUGGGUACUUACAUGUACACCAACGCCUUCGCGCUGCUUCUGCGAACGUUCUUCGAUGUCGUCAAAGACGUCGAGGAUCCGGCGAGCGAACUCGCGGAUGCGCCCGAUAGGAACGCAUCCGAAAGACCGGGCUGGCGCGUGUCGUCGCGGUACCUCGGGGAGAGGCUCGAUUGGCCCAUUUCGGCGAUUUUUGCCGUGACGCGCGACAUGGCGAAGCAUCGCUCGCAAAAGUUUUACGAAGCGCUCAGUUUACUCGUCGCUUGCGACGGCAAACUCACGAGCGCGGUCGAUUUCGAGUACUUCGCCGCUUUGGAGUGGGCCCACACGUUGGAGCGCGCGUGGCUUCCCAUAGUCUUCAAUCCCGCGCUUCGCGAACGCGCCGAGGGCGUUCCCGAGUGUCUUCUGGACGCCGAAGCGCGAUGUUACGAAGUUCUCGAUUGGAACGCGGGCGUGCGCGACGUCGUGCGGUACGAUCCCGCGCGGCACGCCGACGUCCCGUGGUCGUUCCCGCAGGGCGCCGACUCCCGAGGCUUGAGCGUCGCGACGGAGCCGCGCGACGUCGUGGACAAGUGCGGCGCGCGCACUUGGCACGACCACCCGAUCGCGAUGGGUGGUGGUAAGAAUUUAGAGAUUUAG